AUGUGCGGCGACAAGAUGGCAGACAAAGGGAAAAAGAAGAAAGAAAGCAUCUUGGAUCUGCCCAAGUACAUUGAUAAGACCAUCCGAGUGAAGUUCCAGGGUGGCUGGGAAGCCAGUGGCAUCUCGAAAGGGUUUGACUCACUGCUCAACUUGGUGCUGGAUGGAACCAUUGAGUACAGGCGAGACCCUGAUGACCAGCACAAGCUGACGGAGGACGCUCGGCAGCUCGGGCUCAUAGUGUGUCCUGGCACCUCGGUGGUGCUCAUCUGCCCUCAGGAUGCCAUGGAGGCCCUCCCUAACCCCUUUGUGCAGCAGCAGGACACUUAGCAGCCGUGGAGGGCGGCCUGGCCUCAGUAGCCUUCCUUCUAUAGGGUGAACUUCUUUUUGAUGUUUUGGUCUUUGUUUGUUUGUUUGUUUGUUUUGUUUUUAAAUAAAAUUGCCCACGUGA